AGUUCAGCACUGCUAAGGCUCGCUUCUCCUGCGUGCGGAUGAAAUACCUUUUCUUUUCCUGGCUGGUGGUCUUUGUUGGAAGCUGGGUUGUAUAUGUGCAAUACUCCACCUAUACAGAACUGUGCAGAGGGAAAGACUGUAAGACAAUAAUAUGUGACAAGUACAAAACUGGAGUCAUUGAUGGGCCGGCGUGCAAUAGCCUUUGUGUUACAGAAACUCUUUACUUGGGAAAAUGCUUAUCCACCAAGCCCAACAAUCAGGUAUACUUAGGGAUUUGGGAUAAUCUGCCAGGUGUGGUGAAGUGUCAGAUGGAACAAGUACUUCAUCUUGAUUUUGGAACUGAAUUGGAACCAAGAAAAGAAAUCAUUCUAUUUGAUAAGCCAACAAGGGGAACUACUGUACAGAAAUUCAAAGAAAUGGUCUACAGCCUUUUUAAAGCUAAAUUGGGUGAUCAAGGAAACCUGUCUGAACUGGUUAAUCUCAUCUUGACAGUGGCGGAUGGAGACAAAGAUGGUCAAGUUUCCUUGGGAGAAGCAAAGUCAGCAUGGGCACUUCUUCAACUAAAUGAAUUUCUUCUCAUGGUAAUACUUCAAGAUAAAGAACACACCCCCAAAUUAAUGGGAUUCUGUGGUGAUCUCUACGUGAUGGAAAGUGUGGAAUAUACGUCUCUUUAUGGAAUCAGCCUUCCGUGGGUCAUCGAACUCUUUAUUCCCUCUGGAUUCAGAAGAAGCAUGGAUCAGUUGUUCACGCCGUCAUGGCCUAGAAAGGCUAAAAUAGCCAUAGGACUUCUAGAAUUCGUGGAAGAUGUCUUCCACGGCCCAUACGGAAACUUCCUCAUGUGUGACACCAGUGCCAAAAACCUAGGGUAUAACGACAAGUAUGAUUUGAAAAUGGUGGACAUGAGAAAGAUUGUGCCGGAGGCAAACGUGAGAGCACUCAUCAAGGACCGUCACUGUGAGUCGGACGUGGACUGUGUCUACGGCACAGACUGCAGAACCAGCUGUGACCCGCGAACAAUGAAGUGCACUUCAGAAGUGAUCCAGCCAAACUUGGCGAAAGCCUGCCAGCUGCUCAAAGACUACCUGCUGCGUGGUGCCCCAAGUGAAAUUCGGGAAGAAUUAGAAAAGCAGCUCUAUUCUUGUAUCGCUCUCAAAGUCACAGCCAAUCAAAUGGAAAUGGAACACUCUUUGAUACUAAAUAAUUUAAAAACAUUACUGUGGAAGAAAAUUUCCUACACAAAUGACUCGUAGUUCAGCUGGACAUUGUUACCACUGUAAAGAAACUUAGAGGUUUUGAGCAUUUUAAAAAAUGGCUUCCGAUUUCAGUUCCCUGCCAAUCACUCAGAAUGCCCUCCCCUGGACCCCUGAAGCCACCACAUAAACAUUCCAUCACUACAUGGCCGGCAAGGGCCGCAUGCCUGCCUUCUUCAGUGCACACCUGUGUACCGAUCUCAACUAAUGACUUAAGAAACAAUGCUGUGAAGACCCUCAUUCCCUAACAGUAUUUUGUAGAUUUUUGUUAGCCAAAAUUCCAUUACUGGAAACAUUGUGUCUGCAUUGAAGCUGCUGUUUAAAAAAGAAAAUGUACACAUAAAUUUACUAAUGUCUUAGCAUGGUAAAGUUUGCACAUUAACAGAAACUAAGACUGCAGAAAAGCAGGCACAUUACUCCUUUACAAAUGUUGGGUAAUGUUCUACUAUACGUACCACACAUUUUGAACCUCACCUAGCCCUCAGUUGAUAACUGUGGUUUCAGAAUCUGCCCUCUAAGUGGACCUUUCAUUAAUCUUAAAAUGAAAAAUCCUUUGGGCAGUAUUCCACGUGGCAAUUCAUAUGACCAAUACUGGCUAAGUAUUCAUGCUGUUAUCUCCCAGUGAAACCCAAAGGGUCCACCAGUUACAAGUACCAGCAAGCCGACGGAGCCUUUAAAAACUCAAGGCUAUAGACCCAAGUAUCCUGAAUUUUAACUAUGGUAGAAGUCAGAGCUCGCCGAAAUAAGGUCAUGGGAGGCAUUUUAAUAUUCCUGUUAUCACUUUUUACUGGCCAGAGGGCUAUUUCUUAAAAGUCACCUUUUUCCCAUGUGAACUUGAUAGAAGGUGAAUAUUGCCCCUUAUCCAUGUUUUACAUCCAGAGCUGGCCCACACCCAUCUUAUCACCUGAACAUUUUUCUGUUCAAAGGUUCCCUGAAUGUGUUAAAAGCUAGACACCCUUCACUGGACACCGGAUAGCUUUGUCAACAAAAAUCAAAGCCAUAGAUGAAUGCCAAUUUGAGAUCGUAUUACUUUGAAGGCAUUUUUCUUCCCACGAAUCAUCUGGUUACAAUAAAUGGAUGGCAGAGCGGUUUCCAAGUGAU